CCCUCCCGGCACCCGCCCUAGCUGCCGCCUGCCGGCUCUCCUUGCAGCCGCGAUGUCAAGGAGCCCGACCCCGGCCCGGGUCCCCGGCCCACGGCAUAAUUAGCCUCCGUGCACCCCGAGCGCGCCGCUGCCAACGCCGCACCCCGACGCAGCGAUGGGCAACACGGUGCACAGGACUCUGCCAGCAGACACAAGCCCUCCUGCACGCCUCCUGGCCACCCGGCCUUGCUGCGGCCCCGGCCCAGAGCGGCGCCCGGUCCUGGGCGAAGCACCGCGCUUCCACGCGCAGGCCAAAGGCAAGAACGUGCGGCUGGAUGGUCACUCGCGCCGGGCCACGCGACGCAACAGCUUCUGCAAUGGGGUCACGUUCACGCAGCGGCCCAUCCGGCUGUAUGAGCAGGUGCGGUUGCGCCUGGUGGCCGUGCGCCCGGGCUGGAGCGGCGCGCUGCGCUUCGGUUUCACGGCGCACGACCCGUCGCUCAUGAGCGCCCAGGACAUCCCCAAGUACGCCUGCCCCGACCUCGUCACACGGCCCGGCUACUGGGCCAAGGCGCUGCCGGAGAACCUGGCGCUGCGCGACACGGUGCUGGCCUACUGGGCGGACCGCCACGGCCGAGUCUUCUACAGCGUCAACGACGGCGAGCCGGUGCUCUUCCACUGCGGCGUGGCCGUGGGCGGCCCUCUCUGGGCGCUCAUCGACGUCUAUGGCAUCACCGACGAGGUGCAGCUCCUCGAGAGCGGGUUUGCCGACACGUUGACGCCCGCGCGACUCGGCCAGGCCCGCUUCAGCGCCUGUCUGCCGCCCAGCAGCCACGACGCGGCCAACUUCGACAACAAUGAGCUGGAGAACAACCAGGUGGUGGCCAAGCUGGGCCACCUGGCGCUGGGCCGCGCCCCAGGCCCGCCGCCCGCCGACCAUGCGGCCGCCGCCAUCCCGUGCGGGCCCGGCGAGCGCCCGCGGCCCGCGUCGUCGCCGGCGCUGCUCGAGGCCGACCUGCGCUUCCACGCGACGCGCGGACCCGACGUGAGCCUGUCGCUCGACCGCAAGGUGGCCUGCGCGCCGAGGCCCGACGGCGGCCGCACGCUCGUCUUCUCCGAGCGCCCUCUGCGGCCCGGCGAGAGCCUCUUCGUGGAGGUGGGCCGCCCGGGCCUGGCGGCGCCCGGCGCGCUGGCCUUCGGCAUCACGUCGUGCGACCCGGGCGGGCUGCGGCCCGCCGAGCUGCCUGCCGACCCCGACGCGUUGCUCGACCGCAAGGAGUACUGGGUGGUGGCGCGCGCCGGGCCGGUGCCGAGCGGCGGCGACGCGCUUAGCUUCACGCUGCGGCCCGGCGGCGACGUGCUCUUGGGAGUCAACGGGCGCCCGCGCGGCCGCCUGCUGUGCGUCGACACCACGCAGGCGCUCUGGGCCUUCUUCGCCGUGCGCGGCGGCGCCGCCGGCCAGCUGCGCCUACUCGGCACCCUGCAGUCCAGCCCUGCGACCACCUCCCCAUCAGGGUCUCUCAGCGGCUCCCAGGACGAUAGCGAUUCUGACAUGGCCUUCAGCGUCAACCAGUCCUCCUCAGCGUCUGAAUCAUCCCUGGUGACGGCCCCCAGCUCCCCGCUGAGCCCCCCAGUGUCCCCCGUGUUCUCCCCGCCGGAGCUGACUGGCAGCAAGAACGGCGAGUGCACGGUGUGCUUCGACGGCGAGGUGGACACGGUCAUCUACACGUGUGGACACAUGUGCCUGUGCCACGGCUGCGGCCUGCGGCUCAAGAGGCAGGCCCGGGCCUGCUGCCCCAUCUGCCGGCGGCCCAUCAAGGACGUCAUUAAGAUCUACAGGCCAUAGCCUGGCCCGCCGACGGGCCUUGACCAGAGCAAGGUCACCUUUCUGAAGCCCCCUGGGCCAGGCAACCACCACGGCCACCAGGGCAUCCAAGGGGUGCAGCCCCCUGGCCUGCCACUCUCCAGGGGUAGGCAGGGCCUGACAGUCAUGGAGAUGAGCCCCACCCCCCCCCAGGGGGUCUGCAUCCAAGUGAGGGUUGCUUUUGGCUCGAAAGUGCUUUGCCCCUAAAAGGCCGUCCCAAGAGCAAGCUCAGGAACUGCCUUGCAGACCACCUGGUCCCACGGUGACCUCUCCACUGGGAAACGGUAUCCUCUGUGCAAUGCCUUUUGCUGCGGUUGGGUUGCGUGUGUGUGAGAGAGGGGGAGGGGAGGGGGGCAGACAGACCAGAGGAGUUGAGGGGAGCGUGGGAGAAUGACAGAGAGAGAACGCAUAGGUAUUUCUCCAGAGAUCCUGGCUCUAGGAGGUUAUUUACCACGAAGGAAUGUGCGAUUCGGAGCCCAGACAGUAGUGGGACUGGAAAUUGUUCACGUGCUGGGGCUGUGCCGUCAGCUGUGUUGAAGGGUCGAAGCCUCCGCCUAAACAGAACCCCCUGGGAGGGUAUGGAAAAGGGGAUGCUCCAGUUUCCUAAGGGGAGGGGGGAAAAAAUAGCUCAAUUGUUUACAGCUCCCGAGCAGCAACUCCUUGCCAGGGGGGAAAACAUAAAAGAACGGUUCGCUUCUUGAGUUUCGAACUCAGUCUCCGAGAGGAGUCUGCUGGGUGCUGGGGCCAGGGCUCUGGGUGGGUGUCGUCUGCAGAAAUGUCUUCACCCCGUCACCCCCACACAGCCCGACAAUAAGCACACACCAGCCCCCAACGUGGUGCGGGGCUGCUUUCGGUCUGUACCACCCUCACCAUGUCCAUGGAGAAGACAAGCAACAGGUUCCCUUUUCCUGGGAGAGGGAGAGAAUCCUAGGGGCAGGGGACUCAGCCGAGACUGGGAAGGGCCACUCUCCAUGUCCUGCUGAGACGCCGGGCCUGGCACCAGUCACUGGCUGUGGGCAUCAGCGGGGCAAACGGCUGGCCAGGUAGGGGGAGGAAGCAGGGCUUUGCAAAUGGUCUUUGUUCUCAUUCUCAGCUUCCCUUCCCCUGCCGAUGACUAAGAAGUUAGUGGAUCAUCAGGUCGUUCACGAGUAACCAAGACACUCACUGAAAAUACUGACACUGGGACUCUUUGCUGGGCAUUUCCUGGGACCCUGGCCCUGCCCUUGCUCCCCAACCCCCUCACCCCUGCUUGGGUCUGUCGCUGCAGACCCCCAGACCACACUUAGGCUGGCAGGUCUGCUCUCCCCUUCUGGGCCCUGCCUCUGCCCUGGCGUGUGCUGUACCUUUCAGGCAGUCCCUAGGCCUCUCUGUUUCUCACUUCUCAAUCUGUCCAAGAGAAAGCCUGGCACCUGUCCACUCCACUCUUAGGACCGGCAGAACAUUCCCCAAAGCCCAAGACACCUUGCCAAGAGCAGGUACCGUUUUUAUUUCCAUUCUUAGUCUGUUCAUCUACAGAGGGAGGCAGGGAAAGGAAGCCCUUUGGAGCUUAUGUGUUCAUGUAACGAACAUAUGCUGGGUGUCUGGGGUCCCCCUGGUCAGGUCACAUCCCAUUGACCAGUCAGACCGUGCCCUUCUGAUGCUCCAGGUCUCAGACCAUCUGCUUCUUUUCCACCUGGUAUUCCGACCCGAUCUCAACUUCAGAAACCCUAUUCCCGCCCCUGCGAGAACCCCUGGUUGGCUCUUUUGCCCUAGUGAACUUGGGAAACACGCCCACAUUUUAACUUUGCAACAGAAUCUUUGGUGGCGCGACCGGAACCCCAGCAUUUGCCGAGAUUGGAGUUUGCAAAUCCAGGCGGUGCUCGGUGGCCAGCAGAGUUAGGUCGGCUAGAGCCUUCCGUUUCCCCCACGUGCUGGGUGUGGGCUAGGCCACCACGCACGGGCCCAUGUGAGAGGGCUCGUCACCCCCCCGGGACCGUGGUUCUCCAGGCAGCAGCUCCUCUGACUGGAUUGAGCCACAGGCACCAGUGCUGGUGGUCUCGCGGCCUAUAAGAGUCAGCUCCUCUCUCCUGCUUCCUCUGGUUCCAGCCAGGGUCAGGGUAGCCGCCACCAGGAACCCAGGGACCAAGCACCUGGACCCAGGUGGACCAGCCCAUGCGUCUGGCAACCUGUUACCUGGGAAGAAAAGAGCCGGUGGCCUGUUUCACGUGCUCUGCAGCUGCUAUAAAUAGCGUCCCCGUUUCCAAGAGGAAUUAAGGGGGUGUUUAUCUUCUAAAAACCAGACAUUUCCUGAUGCUCUAAACUGAUUUAUUCAGCGCUGCAGAGGAGCUGCCCACACCGCCCCCAGAUUCUGUUGGAGAAAUGGAAGGGAACCAUUCUCCUGCAUUCGGCCCCAUUGUACAGUUGGCACUGGGCUGGAGAGGGCUAUCGGCAUGUCAGGCCUGGGAGGUGGGUCUUCAUACCAUAUUGAGGCGUAUCAAAGAUGCCACCAAUUACAAAACACACCUUCUGUGGCCCCACUAAGGGAAGCCACUGCCUGUGUUAACUGUUGAGAUGCCAUAGCUCUGCAGAUCUUUCUAUUCAGACAUGUUAUGUGGACAAGCUCUGCUCCUUAGAACCAAUGCUAUGUGACUUUAUCCCCAUUUGGCAGGUAAGAGAACUGAGGCUCCAACCCAGGAGUGCCUGGUGCCACAUCCCAUGCUCUCCACUGCCUGACCUGGAGCACAGAAAGCUCGAGCCUGCUUGAGUUUGCUUUCUUGAUGCUCACUUGGGCAGCCCCUGGAGAGAGCCAGGCACCUGCGCCUGUGUGGAGGGUUCUAACCCCAGGCCGUGGCCCCUCUGCCACCCACACCCUGGGAGGACAGGAGUCCUUCCUUUCAGGCCCAACUUCUCCCAGCACAGCUGAGCCAUAUGUGGGCUGGGGUCCCAUCCAAGGGCCUCCUCCUGUUACAUGGGGGUGCCCACGUGGGGCCACUUCAGGGAGAGGUUUGUCCCACCACCUCCUUGGAUCUCGUGACCACCACCCCUUUAAGCAGGGUCCCCCGGGGUGGGACAGGGAGACCAGAGGAUGCCCCCUUUGUCGUGGUCUGGUACCUGCUCAUUUUGAACCACCAAGAAAACUGGGCUGUUUGCAAACCAAGACCCUCUCCUUUUCUCACCCAUCCCCGGAACUGGGGAUCUUCUGGGAUUUAGCUUCCUGGAGCAGCCGCUUCCUUCAUCCAACAAACACUGGUCAGCACAGCCCAUGUUCUGGACACAGGGUUGGGCCCCGGGGUCUAAAGACAAGGACUGCAGGGCGCUGCUGGUGCGGAGCGGGAGGCAGACAGAUUUGUCAUCUUGUAUUUGACCCGUCCAGUGCUGGGUCCUGUGGUAGGUAGCACAGAGUAGGUACUCAGGUUUACUGAGUACAUCAGAGAUCAGGCUAUGAGUCUUCCGGGGUUUGAUAAAAACCACGUACACAUGCAUGCAAAGUCAUUCAACAAACAUUUGCGGAGUGCUAGGUGUAGGAUGCUGGAAGGACGGGGCCAAGAGGACAGGGCCCCAGCUCUGACGUCAGAGGGAGUGACAUUAUGAGACAUUCGGGGCAGAAUCUAUUAGGCUUUCUUGUCAUUCCGUUGCCUUGGGAAGGGGGUCUGUCUUAGGGAGUGCACAGCGGCUUUCUCUACCUGGAGCCCCCUGCGUGCUUCAAAAAGCCUUCUUUGCAUUAAGAAUGCCAGGCACCUUGCAGUCAGUGAGCUGCUGCCAAAAACAGCCUUGAGCAGACCCUUCCCUUCAAAGACCCCACUGGCAAGAAUCGCCCCAGGUCUUGCCAGGGAGAUGACUACUCGUUACUUUCAGGCCUUGGGACUGGUGGCUGGAAAUCAAUCCCCAGGUCACCAGAAAACUCCCAGUCAGUUCCAGUUGAGGAUGGGGUUGUGCGAGGUCUGGGCAGAUGAGAGUCACUUGCCACCACUCGACCCCAUCUCUGCCCCGGUCCUGGCAGAGGGACUCCGGCUCAGGAACACAUGGCCUCCUGGCAUCUGUCAGUAAUUGUCUCACCGUCUUUCUCAAGUCCCUAAUGAGAUGACUUGUACAACAAUCUGUCUGUGCCUUAUGAAAGUGUCUGUGCACUUUUAAUCCUUUUUAAAAGCAACUUUAACAAAUGGGCCGGGGACUAGCGUACGUGGUAGUGUUCUAGAAACCCGCGGUAAUCACUGACACCCUUCUGCAUUGCGUAUUCCAUGUUGGAGUGAUGACGUGUGCGUCCCCCACCCCAUCCCACCUCCACUACCUGUGUACAGACCUUUUAAAAAAUGUCUCUUUUUCUUAUUUUUCUGAUUUCCAUACUGUGACCUCUCCAAUACAGUCUAAUCUUUGGGGAUCGGUAAUAAAGGUUUGAAAACCUGGGGCGGGGGGGCUGUUGGGAAGGGUUUGCACUGGUCCUGUGUGUUGUGCUUUUGCGUGUUGUGUGUUUUGAUUUUUGUGUUUUUAUCUGUUUUAUAUUAACAUAAUUCACCUGUUAAACAAACAAACAAACAAACAAAUACAACUUUGGCUUGUUUUAAAAAAAGUCUCUCUAGGAAUCAGUUUUAAAAAUCACCAUUGCGGAGUUCCCGUCAUGGCACAGUGGUUAGCGAACCCAACUAAGAACCAUGAGGUUGCGGGUUCGAUCCCUGGCCUUGCUCAGUGGGUUAAUGAUCCGGCGUGGCUGUGGGCUGUGGUUUAGGUUGCAGAUGCGGCUUGGAUCCCGCGUUGCUGUGGCUCUAGUGUAGGCCAGUGGCUACAGCUCUUAUUCGACGCCUAGCCUGGGAACCUCCAUAUGCCAUAGGAGCGGCCCAAGAAAUGGCAA